AUGGCAAUAGGGGAGAGACCGCCAUGCAUGGCAAUAGGGGCUGUCUUCUAUGGAGAUUUCAUGGCACUGCUAUUAGAGAAUUGUUCUGGGUUUAAUAUGGGAUAUUGGACAUUGCAAAACAUUUCUUUUAUUCAUCAACUUAAGGAUGUAACCAUAGAGCUUUCCAUUGGAUCUAAUGGAAUUCGGUUUGCAAAAUAUGUGCUUGAGCAUGCUCGGAAUUUGAAGAAAAUGACAACCCAAACUUCCAGAGAGCUCAAUCGGAUCAACUGUCAUCCCUAUGCUGUUCGAGGUUUUGUUUGA